GAUCGUUUUGAACGUAGAAAAUGCAUUUCAUGUUUUGUUAGCUGUUCUAGUUAUUUUAUCCAUUUCACAUAACCAUGACGCUGGAAGAAGAGGUUUUCCAGAUUGGAAAACAACUUGAGAAAAUCGUUGGCCAAGAUAAGGGAGCAAUGGAUCCUGUUGCAGCUAGAGAUUUAUUAAAAAAGCUUAAAGACCUUCCYAUUACCCUUGAAUGUUUACAGAAAACCAGAAUUGGAAUGUCUGUGAAUACUUUAAGAAAGAAGAGUGACAAUGGUGAUGUUCAAACUAUGGCAAAAAGUCUYAUUAAGUCCUGGAAAAAACUCUUACCUGAAAAGUCAAGUGAAAAGGACAGCAAACAAGACAACAAUAAACCACCAAGUAAUGAAAAAUCAAGCCGAAGUACAUCACCAGCAUUAAGCACAAAGUCAGAUUCUUCAGAAACAUCUAGUUUGGAGAAAAAAAUAACAUCCUUUCCACCUGCGACCGUUACUAAAGAUUCUGUCAGGGACAAGUGCAGAGAAAUGAUCCAGAAUUCAUUAAAUGUUACAGAAGGAUUUGAAGCCAUUAUGUCAGCAGAAGAGGCUGCCUCAAGAUGUGAAAACUGUAUAUUUGAAGAGUUUAAAGACACCAAUGUAAAAUACAAACAAAGAAUACGCAGCAGAGUGAACAAUUUACGAGACCCUAAAAACCCCAUGUUGAAAGUGAGGCUACUGGGUGGAGAGAUUACACCAGAGAGAUUUGCUACCAUGUCAUCCGAGGAAAUGGCAUGUGAUGAGCUAAAGAAACUACGCCAGGAGUUCACCAAAGAGGGAAUCAAAGAAGCACAGAUGGCYAAAAAUGCUGGCACUGAAACAAGUCUAUUUAAAUGUGGGAAAUGUGGCCAGAGAAAAACUACAUAUAACCAGCUUCAAACAAGAAGUGCCGACGAGCCUAUGACAACCUUUGUGUACUGUAUGAACUGUGGUAAUAGAUGGAAGUUUUGUUAAGAAGAUUACGCAAGAACUUAGUGUUGUGGUUACUUAAAGGUACAUUGUUUACAUUGGAAAGAUAGUGAUAUGACCGAAUGUGAGAUUUGUAUAACAAACAGUCCUGCCUUAUAUCAGACAUUUGUURCAUUGGCAUGGGUAGGCAGAAGAUCGUAUUGUAUUUGGUAUGCUUUAAUAAAAGUUAUUUUAUUGGAAGCUUAA